AUGCAUCGGUGUUUACGGAGUGUCACUUAUACCUGCAACAACGACAUUCUGCAAAAUACUCCCCCUUAUGAACUUCACUAUAACACCACCGAUUUCACAGAAAGUAUCUUUGGUUCAUAUGUGUCAGUGAAUUAUACUAAUUAUACACUCUACGAGGGAAGUGGAACUGUUUUUCACCAGUGGGACAUCAGAAGCCCAGAAAACACUUUGAUAAAUAUACUCUCCUUCCGGGGUUGGUCGCAUAACCUGAAUCCAACAGCCGACAUCUCCUGCCAAUUGCGUAAAGGGAAAUUACAGGUGGUGGGUCUGCAAGGUCGGCAAGGGCCUUUCUGUAGAGCACCUGUUCACGAAGAAGAUAUCCUUUCCUACAUGCCCACUUCAUUAUCAGCAACGAAUUCAUUAUCGAUCCAGCUGCAAGUUGAUUCAGCUUUUGAGAACUCCAACUUUACUCUGCAAUAUGAAGUCGGAAAUUAUUGCGCUGAAGAAGAAACCAUCAUAGAUGACAGCAGAGUUCAUUGGAAUAGAACAUUGCUCUGCAGAGAGGCAAUAGCACCAUGCCCACACUCAGCUGAGGGUUACAUGUUACGUCAUUGUCGAGAUCGAGACGGGGAUCCUACCUGGGGAAGACCGAACUUGGAGAACUGUGUCAGUUUAGCUGUGAAGAAUAUCUUCAGAGAGGCAGAAUCACUCCGAAAUCAAACAGUGGUAUCCUCAAUGUCAAUCAUUAACGUCACUUCCAGUCUUGCUGACAUCAUUUCUCAAAGAAAAUCCAAUACAUCCCUCUACCCAGGGGAUCUGACAGAGGCAACUCGGACCGUUGUAACCAUUUCUGAUGUUACGGCCAAUGCAUCUGUUCACGACGCUUCUCUUUUAGAAAUAGCCAAGGGAUACGGAAAGGCAGUGAACGAAAUCAUUGAUCCUGAGACGACAAGCAUGUGGAAAAUACUAGAAUUUUCAACUGUUGAACGAAAACUCAUCAAUAUUCUAGAUGCAGUUGAAAAUCUAUCCUCGCACAUUGCACGAAAGAAAAUUUUGUUAAUGAAGAGGAGAGCUACUCGUUCUAUUACAAACUACACUCUGAACGACCGCAUUAAUGUUACACAUGAUUACUUAGAUUUUGAAAUAUCCUUUCACGAGAGAGUUGCAAUCUGUGAAGACACGAUAGAUUUAACCGUCGGUCCAACCAUGUCGGACAAAUUGAUUUUGACGUCAUCGGUGUUUAAAGCGGCCAUUGGUUCUACGAAAGAUAAAUACAUUCAGCUGUACACAGGACGAUUUCCAACCAUUCCAAACAUCUUGUCCUCAGCUGCAGUGGAAGAAACCAAAUACCAAUUCACAAAACCGAACAUCUCCAGGCAGAGCCAGUUCAUUAAUUCCGAUAUCGUAUCAGUUAGAGUACUGAACACGCCGGACUCCGCUUACCGAGACCUCAGUCAGCCUAUCUCCAUUAUAUUCCGUGUAGAGAACACAACAUGGAAUUCGUCUUUUCAUAGAACUUGUGUCGCUCUCAAUGUGACAGAUGGUUAUGCAGACUAUCGCUGGUCGCCUGAAGGUUGUCACUUGGAUGCUAGAAGAAGCAACAUAACUCAUGCCGUUUGUGUAUGCUCUCACAUGACCAAUUUUGCGAUUCUUAUGGAUGUGUUUGAUGUUCAGGAAAAGAUUGACCACGACAAUUCCUUAAUACUGACCAUUGUGACGUAUGCAGGAUGCGGGCUGUCUAUACUGGGGUGUCUCAUCACUGUCAUCAUCUUCGAAUUUUUCAGAUUGAAAAAGGAAAGAAUAAAGAUUCAUGAACAGCUUGCAAUAAGUAUCAUUAUGGUACAAAUCAUAUAUUUGGUGGGAAUAGACCGCACAGAAAAUGAGUAUGUCUGCAUGUCUAUGGCUAUUUUGCUGCACUACUUUCUACUGACCAUGUUUUGCUGGAUGCUUGUGGAGGGAUUCCAUCUUUACAUCGUAUUGGUGCAAGUCUUCAAGACAUACAGGGAUUUCAAAAAAUAUCUAGCGUUCGGUUGGGGACUACCUUUGGCAAUAGUGGGAAUAUCAGCAGGCAUAUUUCAUGACGAAUAUGGUACCAAAACAGCAUGCUGGCUGACGCAGAAAGUUUUGCUUGUGGCUUUUGUGCCAGCUGUGGGACUUCUGAUCGUGCUGAACACCAUUGUUUUGUUCGUCGUACUGAGGACUAUGAUGCGGUCCAUAUCAGUGUCCGCGAAAAUAGGAACGGAGGAGCGGUCAAGUGUGAGGACUGGUCUGAAGGCAGCUGCGGUGUUGCUUCCGAUUCUAGGUCUAACUUGGACGCUGGGGUUCUUCUCGAUUGAUUCCAAGGAAACGCUUGUUUUUACCUACUUCUUCACAUUCCUCAAUUCUUUACAGGGUGUGUUCUUCUUCCUCUUCCACUGUCUAAUGAGUACCGAUGUGAAGACUGCCUUUGAGCGCAGAUCACAAAGGAAGAGCCGGUCUAGUUUAUCAGCAUCUCUUAGGAAGUAUAACAAAAGAGACAGGCUAAUCAAUAACCAGAAAUCCUCCACGUCCGACACCUCUACAACUGAAAUAUCUAUCUCGAACAAAUCAACCCCACCCACAAAUAGAUUAUCCCAGAGCGAAUCAACCCCACCCACAAAUAGAUUAUCCCAGAGCGAAUCAGGCUGGGAAAACUACGGAUACGACCAUCCAACUGAGUUUUUUACUCGCUCAUUCAGCGACGGAAUCCCCACGUGGAAGAACACCAACAAUUUACGCGCCCUUCACAUGCAUUAUCAGACGGCAGAUGACAUCUACUCCAAAUAUAGUCUCCAUUUGAAAAAUUUUGAGCAGGAUGUCCCAACACCCAUUGAAGACCUCUACAACAAGCCGCUGAAAAGGAGGGACAGGGAAAAUCAUGUCCAUUUCAAUGACGACAUGGAGUUGACAGCUAGAAAUAGCGGCACGCCCGGUAUACCAGGGGAGCAUUCAUUGAACUUAAACCGUCCCUACAUCAAAAGUGAUAAAAACUGGUCAAAGAGCUUUCUUGCUGAAAUUCAGGAAAAGGCAAAUAAUAUCAAAUUGAGGAACACUUUAGCGAUUGAAAACGGACAACUCCAAGCCUAGGGGGAAGUUCAGGGCGUCAUUUAAUCUCAGUGAACAAUAUAUUCAUAAAUCUAACUCAAUUUUCACAUUGUUUAUCAAAUAUUUGCUAGGAAUUGUUUUCAAGCUAAAUGUCACAUUUUAAUCUCAUUAUUACUAGGUCCAUAAUUUCCAUUUCAAGAUGUUGUCCUCUUAGCUUCAUUUCAUAAUGUGCACAUACAUCUAUGCUCAUCUAGAAUUUCAUUCACAUCGUGAAGACUUUAAUAAGCUACUCACAAUUAAAUACUACGCUAUUCGU